AUGUCUUCCUCGACAAUCUUCUGGCCUCUUGAGGCAAUAGGACAAGACAUUUACUACAUAUCUCGGCACUCAGAUCCUGUAAUAAGUGUCAAAAAUUGUCCGCGGCUCAUUAUUCUAUGCACCUGGCUGGGUGGUGCAACGCCGAAUCGCAUCAAGAAAUACCUCGAUGGAUACUCGUCUUUAUAUCCCGGCUCAUCAAUCUUGCUCAUCACUGCCCGGUUCCUUGAGAUGGCUGCUCUUCCAUUUAGUGUAUUGCAUGCUCGACUUGCCCCGGCUCGAAAUAUCGUGAUACAGUAUGUUGAGGCAGAGACAGAACGGCCUUCGAUUCUAUGGCACAUCUUCUCGCAUGGUGGAUGCAACAGUACGAUACAGAUGGCUCUCAGCUUACACAACCAGCGCAGCGAUAUAGAUCUUUCCAAACAUGUGAGACUAUUCGUCUUGGACUGUUGUCCGGGAGACGCUUCAUUUGAGAAUGCGUACAAGGCCGCAGCUUAUUCUCUGCCGAAUGCCUUUCCCGCUCGCAUCGUGGGCCAAACUUUGUUGUAUCCAACUAUAGCGAUAAUCACUGGUCUUCAAAACGCGGGUCUAAUGAGAUCAGUGAAGCAUUUGAGGGCUCAUUUAAACGACCCAGCUGUACUGGGAACGGCAAGAAGACUUUACCUGUAUUCGAAGGCAGAUCAGGUAGUGAGAUGGGAAGAUGUAGAAGCUCAUAUUGAGGAUGCGAGGGUGCAGCAAGGCUUUCAGGCCGAAGGAGUUGCGUUUGAUGGGAGUCCGCAUUGUGCUUUGGUGCGGGAUCAUAGUAAUGAGUACUGGAAGACGAUUGCCUCCUAUUGGGAUGGCUCAGAAGCUUGGAAAUCUCCGGCGCCCAAGCUUUGA